CAACAAUAAUUUAUUAUACCGGAAUAGUAGCAUUUGGGAGCGGAGGGAGUACAGACUACAGAGAAUGGAGUGAAAUACUCCACUACGUAAUACAUACGGAGUGGUAACUGGUCCUCCUAAGAGUAUUUACUCUUUAUCUUUUUGGAAGAAAAGGUGAAGAAGGGUCUGAUAAGACCUUUUUGUUCUCUAGCUGGGACUGGACUGGGCUGGGCUUUGGCUUGGCUUGGUUUUUCUCUCUGCUGAGAAUUGGAGAUUAUGAUGAGAGAAGAGCUGCUGGUAACAAUGGCGGCGCUGUGGGCGGUGGCGCUUGCCGUUGGGAUUCUGUUCAACGGUCCGAGCUCAGCCGCCGCUGAUACACAUCCGGGUGAUGCAUUAGUUCUGAGGGCACUGUUCUCCAGCUUGAACUUGGCACCACAGCUAACAAAGUGGUCCACAAAUGACAGCGAUCCUUGUCAAGAGUCGUGGAAGGGCAUUACUUGUUCCGGAGCUCCUGACAAUAGAGUAACUGAAAUUGACAUUUCAAAUCUAGGACUCACUGGUUCACUGGGAUUCCAAUUGGAUCAACUCAACGCUGUCACUGCCUUUGAUAUAAGUAAUAACAAUAUUGGGGGCCAAUUACCAUAUCAACUUCCUCAAAAUGUUCAGAAACUAAAUGUUGCUGCCAAUGACUUUAGCGGCGUCCUCCCCUAUUCUAUCUCACUAAUGACUUCGCUUGAAUAUUUAAAUGUGAGUCACAACAAAUUUCAAGGUGAAGUGACUGUGAUGUUUGUAUCACUUACAAAUUUGUCAACAUUGGAUUUCUCUUGGAAUACUCUGGAUGGUAAUCUUCCUCAAACAUUCAGCUCACUUGCAAAUAUGAAAGAUAUGUAUUUGGAGAACAACCAGUUUAUUGGAACUAUUGAUGUUCUUGCAAAUCUCCCCCUUGAUAAUCUGAAUGUCGAGAAUAACCAAUUUACAGGAUGGAUACCUCCACAACUCACGGGAAUAAAAGGUUUAAAAACGGGCAACAAUUUGUGGAACUCAGGGCCUGCACCGCCACCUCCACCUGGUGCACCACCUGUGAUCAAGCCGAAUCAUAGACCUGGAGGCAGUAGCAGCCAGCCGAGUGGAGGCCGUGAUGGAGGUGGAAAGUCUGGUAUAGGGGGUGGAGCGGUUGCAGGAAUUGUAAUUUCAAUUUUACUUGUAGGAGCAGUAGCAGCAUUCUUUAUUAUCAAGAAAAGAAGAUCAAGGAGGAGAGCAUUGUCAACAGACAUAGAAAAGAUUGAUGGUCAGCGGUUUCCUCCUCUUGUCUCACAUGAAACACAAGAAAGGAAAUUCAUUCAAACUGACUCCACGGCAGGAGUGAAAACCUUUGAGAGACCGAUUGAAGUUAUAACAUUAAAACCACCUCCAGUUGAUCGCGCUAAAUCAUUUGAUGAAGAUGAUAUAUCAGCAAAACCAAUUGUUAUUACUCCCAAGAAAAUUGAUACGUCUGAAAUAAAUGCUGUCCAAUACACUGUUGCAGAACUACAAACUGCGACAGAUAGCUUCAGUGAUGAAAAUCUUCUUGGUGAGGGAUCAAUUGGAAGUGUUUACCGAGCUCAAUUUGAAAAUGGAAAGGUUCUUGCUGUAAAGAAAAUUAAUUUCUCUGCUAUUGGGAACCCUGAAGAUUUUCUGGAUUUAAUUUCUGAGAUAUCCCGGCUGCAUCAUACAAAUGUCACUGAGUUGGUUGGAUAUUGUUCAGAGCAUAAACAGUACCUACUGGUGUAUGAAUUCUACCAAAAUGGUUCUUUAUAUGAUUUUUUGCAUCUCUCUGAUGAGUACAGCCAGACACUAGCUUGGAACAUAAGAGUCAAGAUUGCUUUGGGGGCAGCACGUGCACUUGAGUACCUACAUGAAGUUUGCUCACCAUCAGUGGUACAUAAAAAUUUCAAAUCUGCAAACAUUUUACUUGAUUCAGAAUUCAAUCCUCACCUAUCAGAUUCUGGUUUAGCAAGCCUUAUCCGGGAUGAAGACCAGGCUCUUAAGCAUAAUUUGGGGUCUGGAUAUGGUGCGCCUGAAGUAGACAUGUCAGGCCAGUAUACAAUAAAGAGUGAUGUGUACAGUUUUGGGGUUGCCAUGUUGGAACUUCUUACUGGAAGAACACCAUUUGACAGUUCAAGGCCAAGAUCCGAGCAGUCAUUAGUUCGAUGGGCUACUCCUCAGCUUCACGACAUUGAUGCCUUGUCUAAGAUGGUUGAUCCAGCGCUUAAAGGGCUUUAUCCUGUUAAAUCUCUAUCCUGCUUCGCUGAUGUCAUUGCCCUUUGUGUCCAGCCGGAGCCUGAGUUCCGACCACCUAUGUCAGAAGUUGUUGAGGCUUUGGUGCGGCUUGUGGAACGGGCCAACAUGAGCAGGAGGACAUUCGGCACUGCGGAUUCUAGGACCCCAAGGUCUGGCAGCUCCGAUUCUAGGACACCAAGGUCUGGCAGUGCUGACUCCCAGGAGUUUGAGCCUUAGCUCCCCUGUAGUAAGCAUUCCUUCUUAAUGACCCCUCCAAAUCUCAAAGNUCCUGGUGGCAUUGUAUCAUAGAAGCAGCUCGUCGCUCUCUAAUCUUGUUAAUAGCACGCUCCAUCCAUCGACUCCCAGAUUCUUAUUUUUGUAUGAGAAUAUUGUCAAGAGAAUUUGCACUCUAAGUGUGUUAUCUUUUGUCUUUCUUUAGACUACAUAUGCCUUUUAAUCCUCUUAUUUAAAUGCUCUUUUUUUAGGCAGGGAGGUGGGUUUUUUUUAAUCUUUAAGUGGUGCUUUUUCAAGCAAGAGAAUGUUCAUGUCAUUGCCAGUUCCAAAUGACUCCAAUCUAUGGACAAAUGAAAUAUGAAGAUAAAAACAUAGAACAAAACUUUGGUGUAUAA